AUGUUCAUAUUAGAGGCACCUCAAUCCCUCUCACCUCGUGGAGGACGGAACCUCGUGGAUAUUGCGACAUCCGAGAAGCACGGCGACGAUGCGAUUCCUCGCCCAGUCGGCGACUCGGAGGACGUCUCCCCAAUCAACGAUCGGGCUAUUAGCGAUGAGUACCAGGAUGGUGUCGCUGCUGUCGAGGCGACAACCCUCACCUGGUCCAAGAAGGAUUUGAUUGCGGCCUAUGCGAUCAUCUGGUUCAUCUAUUUUGUCGCUUCGACGGAAGAGGUCGUCGUGCGCUCCCUGACGCCCUUCGUGACCUCUUCGUUUGGCAGGCACUCUCUUACCGCAACGACGAACAUCAUGUCGAGCAUGAUUGCCAGUCUUACCAAGCUCCCUCUCGCCAAGAUUCUAGAUACUUGGGGCCGUCCGCAGGGUCUCGCAGUGUCCCUCUUCCUCUGGGUGAUUGGUUUUGUCAUGAUGGCCGCCUGUAAGAAUGUUGAAACCUACGCCGCGGCUCAGGUGUUCUCUCUCACGGGCGCUCAAGCUGUCAGCUACUGUAUCACCAUCUUCAUCGCCGAUACUUCGAGUCUCAUGAACCGUCCCCUCAUGCUCGCCUUUGCCACUUCCCCUUACAUCGUUACUACGUGGGUAGGCGGCCCCAUUGCGGACAGUGUCAUCGCCGGCCCUGGUUGGCGAUGGGGUUUCGGUAUCUGGGCCAUCGUCACCCCCGUCGUGGUCAUUCCCCUCAUCGCUCUUUUCUUGGUCAAGCAAAAGACUGCUGAGAAGGCUGGUCUGCUUGCUCGCCGCGAGAAGAAGCCCAUCACCCCCAAGAGCAUCAUCGAUUACUGCAUCGAGGUUGACCUUGUCGGCAUCAUCCUUCUUGCGGCCGGCAUGGCCCUUACCCUGCUUCCCUUCACCCUCUACUCUCAGCAGCACAAGUCAUGGCAGUCGCCCAUGAUUAUCGCCAUGCUCGUCAUCGGCCCUUGCCUACUUAUUGCCUUUGCUCUCUACGAAAAGUUCCUCGCUCCAGUCAAGUUCAUCCCCAUGCACCUCCUUACCGAUCGAACCGUCUUCACUGGUGGCAUGAUGUUCUUCUUCAUCUUCUUCAACUCAAGCGUCUGGGGUAGUUACUUCACCUCUAUGCUUGUCGUCGUUUGGGAUCAGGGUGUCACCAAGUCUACCUACAUCAGCAACAUUUAUCGUGUCGGCUCCUGUUUUGCGGCCAUCUUCAUCGGCUACUUUGUCAAAUGGACGGGCAGGUUCAAGUGGGUUGCCACUAUAUAUGGCAUUCCCCUCAUGAUGCUUGGCGUCGGCCUCCUCAUCCACUUCCGCAUGGCCUCCCAGAGUAUUGGCUUCAUCGUCAUGACCCAAAUUUUCAUUGCCUUCGCCGGUGGGCCGAUCGUCAUCGCCGGCGAAAUGGCUAUGAUGGCUCCUUUAAGCCGCCAGUAUAUUGCCGUUAUUAUUGCCAUCCUGGACCUUUUCUCCGGUAUGGGUACCGCUAUCGGCUCCACCGUUUCAACGGCUGUUUGGACGAGCAACUUCAGGUCCAACCUCGAGAAGUAUACCCCUCCCGGCACCGCGAUUGACGGCAUCUUCGGCAGUCUGUACACCCAGCUGGCGUAUAAGACCGGCAACCCCAUCCGAACUGGCAUCAACGCCGCGUAUGCCGAUACUCAGCGGCUGAUGGCCAUCGUCAGUACCUGCGGUAUCGCCGCGGCCUGGGUGAUGGCGUGGCUGUGGCGUGAUAUCAAGCUGAAGGAUAUUAAGCAGGUCAAGGGAACUGUCUUCUAA